AUGGCCAUUAUCAACAAAAAAGAAAUCCCCUUUGCCCGCCAUGAGAAAAACAUGAACCCAGCCCUGGGUAAUAUGAGAAAAUCAGGUCAGCCAACCAGGCCCUUUUUUCGAUUUUCCAAUCCCCGUCCCAUCGUGACACACACAUUAAGGACGCCAGAGAGAAAACAAGAAAAAACCUAA